AUGGCGCUGCUCAGUGCCCGCGAGGCUCUGGCCUUUCCCGGCGGCGACAACUCGAGCGACACCAUCAUCAACGACGUCCACCUGAAUCUGACCACCCUCUCACACUGGAACUACACGCUGUACUCCAACGGCUCGCUGUCUAAUGGGUCGUGGUGCCUCCUCGCCUUCCGGCCAUACAUGCCGUCAUACGUGCUCCCGAACGGCACCUUUCUGAACGUGACAUGGUGCUGGACGCCCACCAAACCCAUCGACGUCCGCGGCGGCGUCGCGGUCGGGUACGCCGUCUUGUUCGGCAUCGCCCUCGUCCUGACUCUCGUCGCCCUAAACAAGCACGGGAGGCUCCAUCUUCCCGUCGAGAAGCGCUUCUACCCAAUCGGAAGGAGAUGGCAGUGGUACUGGGGCUCCUGGGUGUGCGCCACUGCAAUGAUCAGCCUAAUCACCAGCAUCGAUGUUGACCGCUACUUCCUGCCCGAACUGCCCGUCAUUCUGAGCAGCUUCUUCUGGUAUCUAAUGCAAAUGGGCACCGUUGCCCUUGUCUGGGAGGCCGUGCGCCAUUGGGGAAGCUGGAUGGAGCGCCAGUUCAUCGACCCGGACCCGUUUACCCUACGGGAUGACGACAGGCGGUCCAAGGUCGAGUUCUACCUGCCCUUGCUCUUCUACCUGUUCCUCUGGCUGAAUUUCUUCAUGAUCGUUCCCCGGAAUUGGGAACCCGUCCAACACCAACGCUACCCGCAACAGACACUGAAUGAUGCUGCACCCACUGCGACAGACUCCCGCUUCAAGGCCGGCGCCUUUCUGCUCGCCGUCUGUUGGCUGAUAACCGUCUACUCGCUGCGCCACUCGAUCAAAUACUACUGCCCCCGCAACCGAGGCAUCUUCAACCGCAUCACUGGCUUCUUCCGAUACACGCCCCUCCGUUUUAUGCUCAUCAUACCCCUGGUCGCUGCUCUCGUGACGUACCAAGUCCUAGUGGCUUUCCGUUUUGAAUACAGCCCGCUCAAGGUCGGAGGCUUGGAUGCCGCCAUCUUCGCCGGCGGCUACACCCCAUCCCUCCUCAUCGUUUACAUCCAGGCCGUCUUUGGCUUCAUCAACCCAAACGAAGACCUCGAGCUGCAGCGUCAGCGCCGCGUACGCCACCAAGCGCUUGAUCGUGAAAUGGGCAUCGUCUACAAACCUUCCUGGUGGCGCCGCGUCAAUGGAGAAGUCCUCGACCCCAAUGCGAGCAUGCGCGACCGCUUGCUGCGCAAUGUUCGCGAAGUACAGGGGAACAAGCGGCCUGCACCAGGCACCGAGAUACCCGCGAACGCAGCGGAUGGGGCUGCUGACGUCGAGAUGACGCCCGUCUCGCCCGCACUCACCAGCCCUCGGCCUCCCGGCCCACACUCAGAGCGCUACAGAGGGCGAUCCGAUAGGACACGGCAGCAGGCCGCGAUAGAUCGUGUCGCGGGCCUCCCAUUGGCCCAGCGCGAGGAGCUGAUGAUGGAUGGCCCGCCACCACCUUCGUACACGGAAACCUUGAGCACGGGCCCGAGCCCGCAAGUCCCGGGUGCGGCGAGAAGCAUAAGCGCUCAGUCGUCGGCGUCUACCAACCAGCCACCGCAGCAGAUCAGGAGUAUGCUGGACGUGUGA